AUGGAACUCAUUCAUCUUCUCCUCCUUUUUCUCCCUGGCAUACGGUAAUUAGGUCUUUUGAAAUAAUUUGGAAGAAACGUUUGGCGAUCUAUUAAUUUCAGAAAACAAUUCUCUUUUGUACAAUUAUUUUUCAGUACCUAUGACGUGAGAUCGGUCAGUACGUCCUGGGGAAUGGUGCGAGGAGAGGUGGUCAACCCAGAAGGAGAUGAUCUUCCACCCGUUGCUCAGUAUCUUGGAAUUCCAUAUGGUGUAGCUCCUACUGGUCAGGUCAGUCAGUUUCUUUUUUUCAAAAACUGCCUACAACUUGGUACACUUCAUCCCAAGGGUAUAAUGCUUUGAUGUAAUGAUUGAGAGUGUUUUGACGAGGAAAACCAACCAAACAAAAAAUGUUGCACUUUAGUACCGCUUCAACAUGGCCAUCUCAGCUGCCAAAUGGACACACAUGCCGAAAGAUUCGCGGAAAGUUUCGUCAGUAUGCAUUCAAACUGACAUGCCCGAAUUAAGUGAAACCAAGUGAGGAAGCGAGGAUUUCGCCGAGUUUUGAACGUUUUCAGACGUUUCAGAGCGUUCAAACACACGUCUGCUCAACGUUUCGACUUCACCCACCGGCUACUGCCGAAUCUGAAACAACAAUCGGAAGACUGUCUCUACAUGAACAUUUAUGUGCCGGAAAGGCUGGAGAGUUCGAGGGACAACUAUCUCCCGGUUAUGGUAGUGGUUCACGGUGAUGAUUACGGCUGGGGCACUGGAAAUGCGUUCAAUGGUACCACUUUGGCGGCGUAUGGACAUAUUAUCGUAGUCACUUUGAACUACAGACUGGGUGUUUAUGGUAAAAACGCUUCGAAAUGGCAUAUAUAAAGAAAAUUAAUUUUUAGGGUUCUUGGGACGGUGUGAAUCAUCGUCUUGUUCUGGUAAUAGUGGAAUUUCCGAUUUGGUGUCUGCGCUCACUAUGCUCAAUGUUAUCCUGCCAUCGUUUGGCGGUGAUUCAAAAUCGGUCACACUUGCUGGUAAGCCUACCAUCUCCAAACACUUCUAAACUUUUCUUUUUCUUCAGGCUGGGGCUCCGGAGCAUCUCUGGUCUCGCUCCUAAUGGCCUCCCCAUUAACCCAACCCGGUAGACGCCUUUUCCGACGCGCAAUCCUCCUCGAUGGAAGUGCGUUAUCGCCUUGGGCAAUUUCCCAAAAUCCUCAACAGUAUUUCAUGCAACUCGCCGAGGAACUUGCGGUAAGCUUCUUGCAUAAUUUGCACAGCAAAGUGGCACGAAAAGGCCAGGGAAUCUGAAAUGUACAUUACAUUUUUUCAGUGUGUUCCGAAGAACCGAACAUCAUCGUUCAAUGACAACAUCGACACAAUAGUUCGGUGUAUGCAAGUGCACUCUUCGGAGAACAUCACAAAAGCCGUACUUAAGAUUGAUGUACCAACGUUUUUGUCGGGUUUCGCUCCGAUUGUUGAUGGACAGGUUCGUCAGGCAGGAUGUGCGCACCACUGAGCAGCUAAUUAGUCGCCUGUUGACACAUUGCACUUAAUUAAGUGGAAAAAAACGCGACAUUUGUAUUACAGCUCAUUCCAAACAAGCCUGAAGUAUCGUUUUCUACACAAUAUGGAUCUUUGUUUCGAGAAAUUGAUCUUCUCGUUGGAAUAAGCUCGAAUCCAUCACAUCACAUGAUUUCUAAUGAGGACUUGAAAAUGGGAAUAUCGAAAGAAAAAAGAAUGCGGAUUUUCCGGUCAUUGGUCCGAAAUCUCUACGAUUUUCACAGGGAAGAGAUCCUCGCUGCCAUCAUCAAUGAAUACACCGAUUGGGAGAAUCCUAGGGUAUGUUCAACGAUUUUAUGACAUUAUACAAUCUCCUCGUAUUGUAGGAUCACCCAAAAUCGAUCAGAAAUGGAGUUCUCAGCGCUCUCAGCGAUGUUCUUUACACCGCGCCCCUGAUCGAAACGUUGAGGAGUCAUAGUGCUGACGAAGUUCGCAAGGAGGCAAACACAUUCAUGUCGGUCCCAUCAAAAAUAACUUUGAGAAACGUUGACAAAAAGUAUUUUGUUUUAUUUUCAGGUUCGCGUUUGCCCACGAGACACGUGCUUGGACGCAGGAACAACCGAAUAGCGGAAUUCGGGGCUCGCUUUCCGGGGAUAUUGUGCCUUACAUCUUCGGAUAUCCCUUAGCUCAAGGCGACAGCGAAGAAAGGCUGUAUUCUGGGUUCAAUAGUGAUGACAAGGGCAUUUCAAAAGUGAUGAUGCAUUACAUCUCCAACUUUGUAAAGUCUGGUGACCCAUCAAAGCCGAGUCCGUUGUCCAAGAACUUUCCGAUGGGCGACGUGUUCCACUCAACUGCCUGGCCACAAUUCGAUCAGCCGAACAGAGAGGCGUAUUUGGAAAUUAGUAAGUUAUCUGCGUGUCAGAAUACUCUCGAGGUGUUCAGAUAUUGUAUUUUAUGACUUCACUCAGCCUAUCCGACCCUAAAUUUUUUACUUCAAUGAGAAUUUUGAACCCAACGUAUCUAACAAAUUAAAAUAUAACUUCUUGUUUUCAGCUGACCGCCCACGUGUCAAAAACUACUACCGUAACGCUCAAGUCGGCUUCUGGAGCAGUUUCAUCCCACAACUUCACAAGAAAGGCAAAGAAACUGAGCCAGUCGGAGAAGAACACCAUCUCUUGCCGGAUCACUUUAGAAAAGACUCCUAUUUCGGAAAGACCCGCCACUUUUCCUCAUUUGCCAAUAUCCCGUUCCCCCCACCACCAAUGCCACCGUCUCCACCGCCGGAGUUGACUACAAAACCAAAACCAACUGAUUGUGAGUCACUAACAGUAUUGUUUUGUGAAAAAAAUUAUAACAUUUCAGCGCCCACCACACUGCAAACAACGACUGAAGGUGAUAAAGUGGCAACGGCAAGCUACACCGGAAAAGCUCUCGCUGUUAUCAUUUUGGUUGGAUGUGCGUUCUUGAUUCUCAAUAUUUGCCUUCUUCUGGCAGUGAGAAGAGAGGUGAGUACUUUUUUUUGGAAAAAUGUUCGAACCUAAGUUUGAAUGGAACGAAAUUGACAUGGAAUGGUAUACGCUGGUGGAGUUGUCAUAAUCCUUUAAGUUCAAAAACUAUCUUCUAUUAAGUGGGGACGGAAGCGACGGACCGAGAAGAAGUUCCAACUACAGUACCAGACGUACAAUUCCAAUCAUGGAGGAGGCGCCGAGCAGUAUAACAGUUUGAACUCGCCGGUAUGAAACGCUUUCUUUUCUUCUGUUUUUUCUUACCCUUUCAGACAUUUGACCCUUUUUUGAAACUAAACAAAAGUAGAAGUAUGUAGCAUGGCAUGGCUCCUUCCCCCCUAAUCCUAAUUUGGUUAUCAGUUAUCCCUAAUGCCGCCACCGCCGCCUCCGCUCACUUCAUCACUCGGCGCCGUUCACGACGACGUCUUCGAUCAUCGCAUCCCGCAUUUCAGGAACGGAUCUGCCUGCCAUACACUUCCCAGGCAGUCUUUCCAGGAACAGGCACGUGUAUAACCCUUUUGACCUCUCGCUUCUCAAUUUGAAAAUCGUGUUUUCUUCGGAAUUUUUGAUCUGAAAAUCCUAACCUCGGAAUGAUAUCCUCCUUAUUUUGGAAAUGAAUUGAAAUGGCUUCUCAUAAUCAAAUAAAUGUUUGUCCCUUGUCCCAAUUGUGAUUGGUUAUUUGGUUGGUGCAUUUGUGAUAUUGUCCAUUCCUAGAAGUCAGUCUGUUCAAGCUUUUCAAAAAUUUGCAAGUUCGAAAAGGUUUCUGCACAUUUUUUUGACAAAAUGCGAUGUUACUGCGAAUUUUUCACGUCGAUUAGAAAAAUUCUGAUUUUUUGAACUACAUACUAUUAGAAAACUGUAGUAUCUGAACAGAACAACUAUCACGUCACUAGGAAAUGGACAAUAUUCUCUGCAACAACCCCCGUAUGAAAUUCCUUUAAAAACGUGUGUGCUUUUAGGAACCCCUACUAGCCGCCUCGCACAAAAACUCAAACUCGAUGCGUCCGCCGGGAAUCUCGCCGACGUGUCCACGUCACGGACGUGCCGCGCUUGCCCUUCAGAAUAGCCGGUAAGAGAAUACGAACAGUAACCCGAUCAUACUGAAAUGUUCAAGAGGUAACAGUUUGACUGCUGCUCAAGCACCGACAUUGGAAGAGAUACAGGUCUAA